GCCCUGCUGGGACUGGCCAUGGCUUUGUCAUCCCCGACUUAAAGGUGAAGAAGAGACCCUGGAGCAUACACUCUCUCCAUCACCCUUCCCAGCUCCACGCUCCAGCCCAGAAGCAGCUGGUUUGUGCAUCCCGGAGCCCAUCAGCUGCCUGGCUCUCCCAGGAGAGGGAAUUCCUGCAGAGCGGAAGCAGGGAUUUUAAGGCAGCAGGAGGCUGGAGCUGGCCCUCUCAACACAGUCUACACCCUGUGAGGACUAAGUGACAUCUGAGCCUCACCUCAACAUGUUCAACGAAAAGAGCAGUGCCUCUUUGCCUCAGAAACCCAUUCAGAAAAAGACUCGACCUCAGGGCCUCCCCUCCCCUGCUCUCUGCUGUGCUUGUGGACUCUGCAUCAUGCUAGCAGGAAUCAACAUCACUUUAGUGGGAGCUUUUGCCUUUGGGACCUUCCUCCCUGUCAACAACCCUCCCAUCAUCAUCGGCCCCAUCUUGUUAGUGGUGGCUUUCACCUUUUUCGGUGCCUGCUGCAUCUGCAGCCGGAGACCCCCAGCUCAUGGGGCCAGGAAAUCCAAACCAGGUUCCAACAUUGGGCUCAUCAAACCCGGCAACACAGCCUUUGAAAUCGAGACCAGUGAGCACACCGUGCAGGAUACCACUGCUGUUCAGCUGAGCCCCACAAAUUCCCCCAUGUCCUCCAAAAAAUCCACACCGGUUCACGAGAACUCCAAGACUUGCAAGCUCUUCACCAUGGAAGGCAAUGGCCCAGUGGCCAGAUACACCACGGGAGGAGACACAAUACAGCUCAACCUGCCCAGGGACCUGGCAGCAUCCUAAAGGCUUUGGAUAGUAACCAGCCUGAUGCUGCUAUGGAUGGGCUGGGGAUCCACGUUGUACCAUCAGCCAGAGGGGUGGGGAAGUUGCUUGUGGAAAACCAGUGGA